AUGAAGAUGGUAGCUUCCCUCCAGAUCUUUGCCGUGAUUUGGGCCAGUUUGGCGGGCAUCCCGAGCUCAUUCAAGCUCUCUGAGGAGGCCAAUGAAACGGAGCUUUCCCAAGUGUCGUCGGGGGGCGGGCUUUACUCUUUUGGCUCCACGGUGGCCAUCUACAACCCGCGUUACAGCCGCCUUGUGCAAAUGAACAAGGGUAGCAACUCGAUGACUUCGAAGACCUCUAGCCGCAUACAUCUGGAGAUGUUUGAGACGUACGAGCGCUUCAUCAUCGUGGAUGCGGGAGGUGGGAAGAUUGGUCUGCACAACUCCCUCAACAAUCGCUUCAUGAAGAUGAGCGGCGGAAGCAUGAUGACCAGCCCUAUCAAGGCCGGAAGCAAUCUCCCGGUGCCCGGUUGGGACAGCGAGUAUUUCGAGAUCAUCGACGGAGGAAAUGGCGAGGUCGGUCUUUACAACAGGCACCACCGACGAUUCGUCUCGAUGAGCGGUGGGGGAGUCAUAUAUGGCAGCCCACAGAGGGGCGACACCCUGCCACACGAUUGGUACGAUCAGAGAUUCUUUCUCGUGCCAGCAAGGCCCUAUCUCGAGCCAGGUUCCGUCGUGGCCCUGUACAGCGGGUCAAAUCAGAACUACCUGCGCUUGAAAGAGCACGGCAUGGAUGGCCACAGGCCGCCCCACCCCCCGCAUUUUCCUUCAAACUGGGGCUGGGAGAAAUUCAAAGUCGUCGAUGCCGGAAAGGGUAUGGUGGGAUUGUACAGCAAUGUCUGGAGGAAGUUCGUCAAAAUGGACCAUCACAGCGUCACUGUUAGCCCCUGGACGGCUGGCGAUCACUUCCCCCAUGGUUGGGGCUCCGAGGCUUUCUAUGUUAUCCCUAUUCUGCCGAACGACAACAAGGUGUUGCGUGAAGAUGGCGGGCACCAGCGUCCAGCGCAGCCCGCAUAG